AUGCUGCGUAAUUUGCAAAACAUAUUACUGUCCACUUCUUCUGGAUUUCAGUUACAUUGGUUUCGAAAUUUUACAUCUACAGAAAUUUCCACAGCUUUGAGACCUUUUUAUUUUACCGUUCACCCCGAUUUGUUUGGACAAUAUCCUAUUGAAAGAGCUAUAAAUGAAUCUUCUUUGCAACAGUUAAGUUCCAUUUUAGAAAAUAUUCAAACCUCCAAACCUAUUCGACCGAUUAAUUUAGAUUUUUAUAUUAAGGAUAAAUCACAGGAAAAAGGGACUUUUCGUCUUAUAAAGAUUAAUAUUAGAGGUAAUGACAUCCGCUCAACUUUGACUAAUAUUCUUAAAAGUAGCGGGCUUCCAACUGAUUACGUUGAAAGUAUUGUUCAACAACCUCCAAUAGUACACCAAUACAAUUUAAAGGUUAAAUAUCAAAAUGACAUUGAUUUUACAAAAAUGAACGAAAAUCAUCCAAUUUAUGCCCAUAUUAAGAUGCAGAGAGACAUUAGAGAAGCUCAAGAAAAUUUAAAAUUGAGCAACUAUUUAGUAAAGAAUUUUUCCGAAGCUCUAAUAAAAUCUCGCAAAAGCGACUUGCAUAGAGAAGAAGUUAAAAAAUUACAAGAAUAUUUAACAGAGACAUUGCAAGUUGCUGAAAUUCGCUGGGAGAAUCACUGGAAUGAGGAACACUAUAAAGGCUGCCUGUUAAGUUUUGAAUCUUUGUUAAAACAUCACCCUAAUAUUAAAGACAUUUUAAAAGGAAGAAUUCUGGUGUUUUCUUCAUUUACUGGUUUAAGCUUAGAUGGACAUAUAAUGCUCAAUAGUGGAGAAGUACGUCACAAUUGGUUGGAUUUCAUAAAAAAUGUCGAUAAAUACGAAGCAGCCCUAAAAAGAAUUCCAAUAUUUGAAAAAUCGUUGUCGCACGUCUUAAGGAACAUAAAAGUUUCCCGUAGGAAAUUCAUGCCGAAAAUAAUGGCAUACCAGUACGAACAAAAUCUGAAACAAAUAACCACAUCACUGAGUGAUUAUGUUGGUCGUAAACCGUUUCCGAAAGAGUGGCCAUCGAGUUUAGAAAAUUUUGAAAUCGUCGUUGAAACAGAAGCUGGUCCUGUUAUGGUUUCGCCUACUGGGCAAUUCAUUGUACCUUCCACAAUACCCGGUUCGUUGUUAGUUAAUUUUAUAACUAAUAAUUUAAAUGUAGCUAGCGAAAAAAUGAACGAAUACAAAAGUAACAAACAUUUGGAACGGGCCUUAGUGAAAACUUGCCUAGAAGAGUUAGAUUUGGCCGUUUUGAUGAAAGAAGACAACGUUACUCCGGAUCAAAUGAUCAAGUGCUGCAACAAAUUGUUGGAGAACAAAAGCGUUAUUUGCCUCUACACCAAAGAUCUGCGAUUAAGUAUAUCCAGUUAUUAUUCAGUUUUAUCUGAUGGUUUAGUUUGCAUACCUUGGAAUUUCGUAUUAUGA